AUGGAUGGCCUCUACUCCAGUUGGCGCCAGAAGAAGCGGCCUCCGCUCCUCCGCCCCACGCGGCCGCUGGUGCUCGCCAACAAGGUGGCGAACCGCAGGGAGCAGCCGGGCGAGGCAACGUGCAUUACGGAGAUGUCGGUGAUGAUGGCCUGCUGGAAACAGAACGACUUCAACAGCUCUGCUUGUGCCGAGGAGAUCCGCAUGUUCCACGACUGCGUGGCAAAGGCAGAAAAGGAACGCAGGGAGCAAGCGGAGAAAGCGGAGGAAGACACCUGGGGACUCAGGGAAAACUUAACUUCAAGCAAAGCGAACAAGCUUCUGAGGAGAUUUCCUAAUAUCACGCGUUAUGUGUAAUGUACCUUACUGAGAGACUGUGGAGAAG